AUGCAACUAUCCUGGCAGCCAGGGUUCUCUACGCACAGGAAGCCUGUCAAGAAGUCUAUCGUGCGGCGGUCUCGCUGGGAAGGCUCCGGAGACUCAUCGCGCCCACGCCAACUCGAGUUCAUCGCCGAAUAUCCCUCAGACUUGACCGAACCCAACGGGCCGACAAUCGCCGCGACGGACUCUUCAACACCAAUACUUGUUGUCCACGGUGCAGAGUACGACGAGCCGUUGACGACCAACAAUAUCCCCCUACGUCCGAGCCCGUUUGGAGUGGCAGCAUCUCAAGAUGAUACCGUGACGGGCGAAGCAGACCUGUCAGUCCUUGACGAGUCGUUGUUAUUCGAUACGGAAGACAUACCUUUGUUAUUGAAUGUUACGGACGCAGGCGCAAAACCUCGACCUGCUCGCAACAAUGCCGCUGAAGAUAAGAGCCAAUGGACACCACCAUCCAACAAGCACUUGACCUAUCAGUACAUGCCGAAUGAAUAUGCAGAUGACUUCGACGAUUUUGAUGGAAUUUUGACCCCAUUGGGCUUAUCCACCCUGUCGCACAGAGACCUACGGCCAUUACCAUACCAUUUCGUCGACGCUAUUCCCCCUAACGUGCUGUACGAGUCGCCUUUCGAGCGAUUGGAACCUAUCUUUGAAAGAUAUAACAAUGAGUUUUCUGUCAUCCCAUUGACGUUGGACUUGCCCAUGAAUCCGUUCCGCUACCGUACGGAGGCCUUACAAAAGGCUGGAUACUUGCUGCACGCUGUGCUAGCCUUGUCAUGUCAUCAUACCAACAAGUUGUCCCUGACCAGUAAAGGAGAUCAGCCUUCUGAAAAGGUCCUUGAUCAUGGUCGAACCGCGCUUCAAUUGUUCCGUCAGGCUCUCAACAGCGACAAUAUCGCCAGAAUGAGCUCCUCGUUACUCGACACGAUAGUGAUCCUGUUCUCCUUAGACGAGGCCUAUUCACUCUUUGGAAGCUGGACGACACACUUGAGUGGCGCCUACAGCAUUCUGGAACUUGGUGGCGGCGUCGAAGUGUGGACCAAGAAUCCUAGAACAGUGGUUCAGGUGGCGCUUCUCACAUGGUGGGAUGCCGUCAUAAGCUUGGUCAACAGAACACCAUGCGUCUUUCCGUAUGAAUAUUUCGUGUCGGUUCUUGCUUGCUGCGACGACCAGUUCUGGACAUUUUUCGGGCUGUGUGGCUGUCCGCAGAGCCUUGCGGUCCCACUCGUCCAAUUGGCACAUUUAGCUGCUGAAAAGCAGAAGACAGCGUCAAUGCGCUGGGUAGUAUUCGAUAACAGCCUCAUUUCAGAGAUUGAGCAAUCGCUCGAAGCCUGGAAUCACACUCCCUCCGGCACAGCAUUUGAUGAUGAAGAAAGUAUGCAUCAGGAUAUGGAUUGUAUGCAUUGUUCCGAGGCAUGGCGGAACGGACUUCUCCUCUACAUCUACCGUGUAUUCCGGUGGGAACCCGGCGACACACCUCCGGUGCGCGUACUCAGCCGCGCCAGAGUGAUUCUAGAUCAUGCUUGUGCAUGCCGCGACGAUGGGUUCGUUGCCAGACAGGCAUUGCUCCCACUUUUCUUUGCUGGUUGCGAAAUGGCCGAUCUCUCCGCUCAAAACAGGAUACGAGCACUUUGCUCUGCGUGGAAUGAACGGACUCGCUACCACAUGUUUGGCGGCAUGGUUCCCCUGCUGGAAGAGGUCUGGAAAGCGCAAAUGGCCCUUGGCCCCCAAAAUGUCUGGUGGGGCCAAAUCGUGGACGAUAGGGCUGCAGCUAAGUCCCAGAACUCGCUUCAGAUGCGUAUCUGUUUUGGAUGA